GGUAAGGCAGCUCAGACACCUGAAGCUGGUGGGAGCCGAUUGGUUGCAGUUCAGAGGGAGCGAGCUGAUCUCUUUGCCAUUAUGUCGAUGCCAGGAGGCAGGACCACUCAGGUGUUGGUAAUCAUGGCUCCAGACAGUGCUGGCAUCACCCCAGAGAGACAAACCAUGAACUCUGUGAAUCAACCUCAACAGAUCAACCGGAGGGUGGACCGGACAAUGGCGAUAUUCUUGAGAGCAGAGCCUAAGACACUGGGGGCCAUCCAGAUCUUGAUCGGGCUGAUUCACAUGGGAUUUGCAAGUGUCUCUAUAAUUCUUAUAGAAGCACAGACAUCAUACGUCUCUGUCACCACGUACAGCGGGUACCCCUUCUGGGGGGGGUUGAUGUUCCUCAUUUCUGGAUCCCUCUCAGUUGCAGCUGAGCUGCAUCACAGUACCUGUCUGGUGAAAGGCAGCUUAGGAACGAACCUCGUCAGUGCCAUCUUUGCCUCUUGUGGGACAAUUCUGUUGACAGUAGAGCUGAUUAUUAAUGGAAUAUUUUUCUCUUAUAUGGAUCAAGAGCCUCUGUUUAAAGCUGGAAAGGGAAUUGCAGCUACGCUAUUGUUGGUCACUCUUCUGGAGCUCGCCAUUGCAGUCUCAGUUUCUCACUUCGGGUGCCAGGCAACCUGCUGCCGACCUAAGGACGACGUGGUCCUCAUGCCAUAUACUGUGAAUACAAAUUCAAUGGUUUCUUCUACUCCACUGACUCCUCCCCCAUCUUAUGACAACAUGGCUUAUACUAAGAAGGAAGAGCUUUGAAUAGAGGGACUCAGAAGGAAUGAAUACUAAAAACCACACGAAGGGAGGUUCCUUUUUAAGAGUACAAUCCAGACCUGCCCUACCUGAUCAAUUUUCAUUCUAGUCCAUGAGCACAAUUCUACAUUCCAGCUCCCACCAUGUUUGCAAAGGGAACUAUUUUUGUUCUCUUUGCAGCUCUACCCCGUUCAUCAUUUUUAUGUAAUGAAAGAUGAAAUUGACUUUCCAGAAAUAUCUAUCCACCAAAGGCUCAUGCCCUGAUCAAUUUCCUUUCUGGUACCUUCAAUAAAACUUGAAAACAGA